AUGAUGCAGUUGUCGUUUCAGAUUGUUAGAGCUGCUCUUUGUUCAAAGCCCAGUGGAAAAGAAAUAUUGGAAGAGUAUGAGAAAGCAAGCACCCUCAGUGAUGUUACAAGAAGAAAGAUGGUCAACAUUCUUGUGGCAGAUAUGGUUGAGUACCAUGGGAGGGUACCUCAGGUAAAUGUGCGGAACCUCUAUGCACUUGGGAUUACUACACUGUUCCCAAAAUUGAGUGACCCAGAUUCCAAGAAUGGCUAUGAACAUUUUUAUGAUCAUCAGAGUGGUUCGGGUUAUCUAGCGUGGAGGCUGAAAACUGUUCAGCGGACCUCUGCUCAAGACCGCAAAAAAUCCAAGACAACUUUCCAAGAGGGCCCAAAGACUCCACGCAGUAUCCAUUCAGAUGAGAGGCAGUUGACCGGGGAGGAAUGUAGGGAAGCCAUAUUGGCGAUGAAACACUCAAGUGAUGCACUCCUUGUCAGAAAUAAGAUGAAGGCCACAUUCCAGCACAGACAAAGAGUCAUUCAAGACCCAGAAAGUGCCUCUACUGUCCUUAAUCUCUUUCCCAGAUUCUUAGAUACACCUGGUUUGAUUGACCAAGAUUUCUCAAUGAUCUUUGGUGAGGAGGUGUCUGGUAAAUUCCUCUCCAAGUGGCCAACCUUUUUCAAACCGAGAGUCAUCGCAGAUUGCUGCAAGAACCUAACUCCGAGUCCGCAUGUUGAUGAGCUGCUUCUGUCUGCACAACAUGAGUCUGACGAUUGUGUCUGGCAUUCUGAGGAGUGGGAUUCUGAGAUGGCUGCCAUCCUGCUUCUGCUUCACCUCCUGCCUCCAACAGUUAAAGGGAAGAAGAGUGGCAAGAUGAGUGCGUCGGAGGCUACUCGACGCCUGAUCAAGUUCAUGAAGGUGGGAUCAAGCAUGGAGACCUUCCUUAAAGAAACUGACCCCAGACAGCCCUUUCUGCUCGGUGUUGGAGAAAGAAGCAGCUGCAUCCAGGACUUCUACAUCAUCGUGGACCAGAAGGCCAUUCCCUGCAGGAUGCAGACCCCAGUUGCUGCCUUUGAUGAGCUUUUCAAGGCACACUAUGCUUUUGCUGUGUCGUAUGAUGAUGCCCUGUCCAGCUUCUUCAUCUUCAUCCAAACCACUGUGUAUGGCAUUGACGUCGGCAAAGCGAAAGAAAAUCCCAGGGUAAAAGAAAUCCGAGCAAGACUUCUUCACUGUGAGGUUUGAAGACUGUACAUUUUGACCAGAAAUGUACACAUGUUACCUUUGUAAACGACACCACACCAGUUGUUCAAUGUUAUUUAGACACUUGAAAUUUGAGCAUGGAUUGUAUCCCGCAAAGUCUCUGCAAUUGAACUGUGGAGAACCUGGUUGUUUUAACACUUUUGGUACGUAUUCUGGUUACCAACGUCACCUUUCUCGAGUGCAUAAAGACUGUUUUGAUCCAGAUCCUGUCACCAGUUUUGAACUUGAGGCUGUGGCUGGACCGUCAACAUCAGUGAAUGUGGAUCCUCCUAUGAAUGUUACUACACAUGUUCCUGUUGAAAAGAAACACAUUCGGGACAUGUGCAGCUCUGUUAUUGCUCAGGUUCAAGCCUCAGGUGUUCCAGAGAGCACUGUGCAGUAUCUAGUUGAUUCAAUGGAGGAACUGGUUAAUGAUGUUCAUGCUCACGCAAAGGAUGCUGUUGUUAAUUGUUUGUCUUCUGAUGCAUCAAGAGAAACUUUGGAGAGAGUUGAGAGUUGUUUUGAUCAACUAGAAAACCCUUUUUCGUGUUUGAACACAGAAACUAAAAGGAUGAGGCAUUUUGAAAAGAAAUGGAAUAUAGUAGAUAUCCCUGAUAUAUGUAGAGCAUGUUCUGGGUGUCCGUUUUGAUGUAAGAAGAGACAGAAUAACAGGCACAUAUAGGCAAGUUCCAGUCAAUGAUAAGUUCAUGUAUGUGCCUAUCCGUGGGUCUCUCUCAUCAAUGUUUAGUAGCAAGGAACUCUGUAACAGUUUCACUGAAGUAAAACCACAACAGGAGGGAUUAUACAGAGAUAUAAGUGAUGGGUCCUACUUUAAAAAUCAUAGUUUAUUUUCUCACCACGAACAUGCUCUUCAGAUCCAACUCUACUAUGAUGACAUAGAAACGGCUAAUGCUCUAGGAUCUAAAAAGGGAGUGCACAAACUUGGAUGUGUUUAUUUUGUUUUGAGAAAUUUAUCACCAAAGCUCAAUUCUGUGUUAAUGAAUAUUCACCUUGUUGCUCUUUUUCACUCAGAGGACCUUAAGAAAUAUGGAUUUGAGCCAAUUUUGAAGCCACUUAUAGAUGAUUUAAAGAUUCUGGAGACUGAAGGAAUACAGUUGCCCUUUUUAGCUACACCUGUGAAGGGUUCAGUCAUUCAGGUCACAGGAGACAAUUUAGCUCUACAUGCACUCUUUGGUUUCGUCGAAUCAUUCAGUGCGACAUACUGCUGUAGGUUAUGUUUAACUGAUAAAAGUCAAUAUCAGUCAGUUUUCAGUGAAGAUC